AACCUUAAUUUAACUCCGAAUUGUCAAAGUAUGAAAUGACGUAUAUAUAGUAAUUACAUGUUUAAUCGUGAAGCAAUUCGCGUUUCGACAUAAUAUUUCAUGUUAUUUAAAAUUCAGUAAAGUGCUUUGCUUAAUGAUGUUUGAGCUACCGGCAGAAUUGACAGCUAAGCCUUUAGCACAAAUAGGUCUGACUGGAUUGGACAUUACGAAUCCAGUACACCGUUCUAUCUGGGAUGCAUUCAGCAAUAAUCGUAGACUGGAUUGCGCAGCCGUUCAGUUCAAGUUGCUCAGCUUGACACACGAAUUUCCUACUGUCAAACCCAAACGUAGCUCGUACGAAUGGUAUAUACCUAAAGGAAUUUUAAAACGGAACUGGAUGAACAAAUAUCUCAGUGACAUUCCUUCUGUAGUUGUUGUGUUCUAUGAUUUGGAUUGGAAUGAUCCUUUGUGGAGAAAAAAGAUGGAGUGUGCUUCUAGAGUGCAAUCUUUAAGAGCUGCCCUUGAUGGAAGAAGUACAAAGAUUGCUGUAGUAUUGAUACAGCAUGCUGUUCAACCGCUUCCUGGUGCCGAGGAUGUUGUUGCUACCGAGCGUGCAACAGCACUGUGUGGAGCUUGCGAUUUAACAGCAAAACUUUUAUAUAUCCUACCACAUGCUGAUCACUUAUUGGGAUAUAUAUCUAGACUGGAAACGGCAUUCUACGAUUUGGCACAAAAUUUUUAUCAUCACGAAUAUCGAAAUGUUAAAAGUCAUCGUGAUCAACUUACCAAGAAUGUUCAUCAAUAUCUGUUUGUUCGUCAUCAAUUUAAAAUGGCAUUCCUGAAUGAACUCAAGCAGGAGUUACAUCUUGCUCAAAAGCAUUACAUGCAAGCUUAUCACAAUCUUCUAGAAACAAGAAUGACAGAUGCAAACGCAAUAGAAAUAAAAACUGUAGCUGGUUUUAUAAAUUAUAAGUUAUGUAGAAUAAUGUUUAAUUUGAAUCUUCCAAAGGAUGCCAUUUCUCAGUUCAGACUUCACACGGAAAGAUUUAAAUUAAAAACUGGUCCAAAGGAGCUUAUGUUUGAACACCACGCUUGGAUGAGCAGUCAAUUCUCUACAUUUGCAGAAUUAUUUGAUGAGGCCAUUCGUCAGGGAUUACCUGCUGUUCAAACGCAACAUCCGGGAUAUUACUUCCAAUUAGCUGCCAAUCAUGCAAGCCUACGGCAAUCUGCGUGCAAAGAACUUUGCCAAAAUAUAAACAGCUAUCCAGAUCCAGAUCCGUUAUUGGGUGAAGAGAAACUCGAAUUUUAUGGACAGCGACCAUGGCGACCUGGUAAAUUAAGUGCAGAACCUGCGGACACGGCCAAGGAAGCUAUCGGUAUACAAGCGUUACAAUACAGAGAAAAGACUGCAGUUAAUCAUUCUAUGAUAAUUAUUGGUUUACUAGGAAACGCGAUAUCACAAUUCAAAGUAUAUCGUUGUCCAAGAAUGCGACGAUUAUUAGUUGUGCAAAUGGCAGAAGAAUAUUUCAAUGCUCGAGAUUAUGGCAAAGUUCUUACAUUAUUGAUGCACAUGUUGUGGGAAUAUCAUGGAGAACGAUGGCCGGUCUUACUCACAGAUAUCAUAAAGAAUGCACUACGUGCCGCAUAUCUGUCGACCAGUAUUCAAGAUUAUCUCACUCUGGCUCUCGAAGCUUUGGGACCUUCAACUACAUUUUCAGAGGAUCGGCAAGCUGUUAUUUAUAAUAAUAUUAUGAAUAUAUUACAGAAGAAACCACCGAAUCCAGAGCCAGAUUUGCCAGACGAUGUUAAGCAUCCUGCAAUGGAGAAAUGGAUAUUGGAAUUAAAUCGUUCGGAAUCAAAUAUUUUUACAAUUGAUGAUAAUAACAUGACAUCAUUCGUUGAUCUUAAAGCACGGUUUUUGCAACAGACAUAUGCAGUGAACACAAUGAUAACGGUGGAAGUUAUUAUAAGGAACUCUUACUGUGGUAUCAUUAAAUUUUCUAAUGCAUCGAUAACAGUUAGUGGGCCAGGUUACAAUGCCGAAAUUCCACUUGAUGAGGCUCAACAAUCUAAUCUUAUUUUUCAAGCAAAAGACAAAAAGUUUUACUUCAAUUUUAAAGCGCCUCAUCAAAAUGAUGGCGUAGAAAUUCGCAUCAGCACAGUUUCCUUGCAAAUGGGCGAUAAUACACGUUGCAGUAUUAUGUUAAGAUUCUCAGCUAUGGGUAGAGAAACGAAUUUAUUGGAUCGUUUGUAUCCUGAAAUACAACAACUUCGUGGAGGAAAGUUUGAAGCAAUAAGACCGUUAAUUCAUGCAGAAAUUAAACAGGAGGAAUCAAGUUUAAGUCUAGCUGCAGAGUCUAAUAAUCCUGCGCUUUUAGGCGAAUGGCUACCCAUUACAAUAUCCCUAUCAGCUAAUGAGAAUGUUAAUGUAAUUUGUUUAUAUGUAAUACUCGUGUCAGAUGGUAGUAAUGAGCAAUCAACUGAGUUAAGCAUUAAUAUGCUUAGUAAAGAAUCAAAAGUAUCUAUUCUUGUUGGUGAUAUGUUAAAAGGCUCCUCAGCCAAACAUGUUGUACAUAUUAGAGCGCAUAAAAUAGGCGAUAGAAAUAUUAUAAUAAAGGCAGAUUAUAAUAGACUUGAACAAAUUAGGGGAAGCAAAGAAUUAACAUAUUCUUUGGCAGUUAAGAAACCAUUCGAGGUUGCAACGCAAUUUUACACUACGUUGUUCGAACCAUUAACAAAAGGUUUUGUCAAUGAAUCCUUUAUCAUUAUGCCGCAUAUUACAUGUAUUUCCCCAUGGCCUAUAAACAUCUUGAGUACAUCUAUAGAAUUGGCAGAUUCGAUUCAAAGAGAGAACGAACUCGACAAACAGGAAUCCAUUUUAGCGGGUGUUAAACUCUGUGAUGGCGAGACGGGGACUGACGCCUAUUGCUUGAUUCCAAAAAUAGGCGGCGAGCAACCAAUUAGUAUUGGAGUAUAUACUAUCAAGUGGAAAAGAGCAAACGACGAAACGGCAUUGGAAACCAGUAGUAGUGUAACUUUGGCUCCCUUAUGGGUCGAGGAUGCGGUGAUCGGAUUGGAGGCUAAAAUGCCAGCCCACGGAUGGGUUCGCACGCCAUUCUGUAUAUCGUAUUUUAUAAAAAAUCAUUCUGACUACCUUAUCACUUUGCGCUUGGCUAUGGAAGGUAGUGAUGCGUUUAUGUUUGCUGGACAAAAACAAGUGGAUAUUUACAUAUUGCCUAGAAACGUCAGAAGAGUUGAUUGGGUUUUACGGCCGUUAGUCGCUGGUUUUGUUGCUCUUCCAACAUUAUCAUUAACUGUACCUACAGAUGAGGAACACAAACUGGGUAAAGGACGAUUAUCAGAAGUGAUUGAACGUUCACUACCGAGUCAUAUAUAUAUACUGCCGAAAUCGCAGACUUUAGGAGAAUAAAUAAAUUCAACAUCAGGA